UGUGUGCAUGUGUGCAUGCGUGUGUGAGUGCAUGUGUGUGAGUGCCACCGCUGCCCAGGACCCCCGGCCCCGAAGGUGUUGGCUGAAAUAUGGAGAAUAGUCUUGGAUGUGUUUGGGUACCCAAGCUGGCUUUUGUACUCUUCGGAGCUUCCUUGCUCAGCGCGCAUCUUCAAGUCACGGGUUUCCAAAUUAAACCUUUCACGUCACUUCAUUUUGUGUCGGAACCUUCGGAUGCUGUCACCAUGCGGGGAGGAAAUGUCCUGCUCAACUGUUCUGCAGAGUCUGACCGAGGAGUUCCAGUCAUCAAGUGGAAGAAAGACGGCCUUCUCCUAGCCUUGGGCAUGGAUGACAGAAAGCAGCAACUUCCUAAUGGAUCUCUGUUGAUACAAAACAUACUUCAUUCCAGACACCAUAAACCAGAUGAAGGACUUUACCAAUGUGAGGCAUCCUUAGCAGAUUCUGGCUCAAUUAUUAGUCGGACAGCAAAAGUUACGGUAGCAGGGCCAUUGAGGUUCCUUUCCCAGACGGAAUCUAUCACAGCCUUCAUGGGAGAUACAGUGUUACUUAAGUGUGAAGUCAUUGGGGAACCCAUGCCAACAAUACACUGGCAGAAAAAUCAACAAGACCUCAACCCAAUUCCAGGAGACUCGCGUGUGGUCGUCUUGCCCUCCGGAGCAUUGCAGAUCAGCCGACUUCAGCCAGGAGACAGUGGAGUCUACAGAUGCUCGGCUCGGAAUCCAGCCAGCAUAAGAACAGGAAAUGAAGCAGAAGUUAGAAUUUUAUCAGACCCAGGCCUGCAUAGGCAGCUGUAUUUUCUGCAGAGACCAUCCAACGUAAUAGCCAUUGAAGGGAAAGAUGCUGUCCUGGAGUGCUGUGUUUCUGGCUAUCCUCCGCCAAGUUUCACCUGGUUACGAGGCGAGGAGGUCAUCCAACUCAGGUCUAAAAAGUAUUCGUUGUUGGGUGGAAGCAAUUUGCUCAUCUCUAAUGUGACAGAUGAUGACAGUGGAACCUAUACUUGCGUUGUCACCUAUAAGAAUGAGAAUAUUAGUGCCUCUGCAGAGCUCACGGUCUUGGUUCCGCCCUGGUUUUUAAAUCACCCUUCCAACCUCUAUGCCUAUGAGAGCAUGGAUAUUGAGUUUGAAUGUGCAGUUUCUGGGAAGCCUGUGCCCACUGUGAAUUGGAUGAAGAAUGGAGAUGUGGUGAUUCCGAGUGACUAUUUUCAGAUAGUGGGAGGAAGCAACUUACGGAUCCUUGGGGUGGUCAAGUCAGAUGAAGGCUUCUAUCAAUGUGUGGCUGAAAAUGAGGCUGGCAAUGCCCAAAGUAGUGCCCAGCUGAUUGUCCCCAAGCCUGCCAUCCCAAGCUCCAGCAUCCUCCCUUCUGCUCCCAGAGAUGUGCUCCCUGUCUUGGUUUCUAGUCGCUUUGUCCGUUUGAGCUGGCGUCCACCCGCAGAAGCAAAAGGGAACAUUCAAACCUUCACAGUCUUUUUCUCCAGAGAGGGUGACAACAGGGAGCGAGCUUUGAAUACAAGCCAGCCUGGGUCGCUUCAGCUUACUGUGGGAAACUUGAAACCAGAAGCCAUGUACACCUUCAGAGUUGUCGCCUACAAUGAGUGGGGACCAGGGGAGAGUUCUCAGCCCAUCAAGGUGGCCACUCAGCCUGAGUUGCAAGUUCCAGGGCCAGUAGAAAACCUGCAUGCUGUAUCUACCUCACCUACCUCAAUUCUUAUUACAUGGGAACCCCCUGCCUAUGCAAAUGGCCCAGUCCAAGGUUACAGAUUGUUCUGCACUGAGGUUUCUACAGGAAAAGAACAGAAUAUAGAAGUUGAUGGACUAUCUUAUAAACUGGAAGGCCUGAAAAAAUUCACGGAAUAUACUCUUCGAUUCCUAGCUUAUAAUCGUUAUGGGCCAGGAGUAUCUACUGAUGAUAUAACAGUUGUUACACUUUCAGACGUGCCAAGUGCUCCACCUCAGAACAUCUCACUGGAAGUGGUUAACUCAAGGAGUAUCAAAGUAAGCUGGCUCCCUCCUCCAUCGGGAACACAAAAUGGAUUUAUUACUGGCUAUAAAAUUCGACACAGAAAGACUACCCGCAGGGGCGAGAUGGAAACACUGGAACCAAAUAACCUCUGGUACCUCUUCACAGGAUUGGAGAAAGGCAGUCAGUACAGUUUCCAAGUGUCGGCCAUGACAGUCAAUGGUACUGGACCACCUUCCAACUGGUACACAGCGGAGACCCCAGAGAAUGAUUUAGAUGAGUCUCAAGUCCCUGACCAGCCGAGUUCUCUUCACGUGAGGCCCCAGACAAACUGUAUCAUCAUGAGUUGGACACCUCCUCUCAACCCAAACAUUGUGGUGAGAGGCUAUAUUAUCGGCUAUGGUGUUGGCAGUCCUUAUGCUGAGACUGUGCGCGUGGACAGUAAGCAGCGGUACUAUUCCAUUGAGAGACUAGAGUCGAGUUCUCAUUAUGUAAUCUCCUUAAAAGCUUUCAACAAUGCCGGAGAAGGUGUCCCUCUCUACGAAAGUGCCACCACUCGUUCCAUAACAGAUCCCACUGACCCCGUUGAUUAUUAUCCUUUGUUUGAUGAUUUCCCCACCUCGGGCCCAGAUGUCUCCACCCCCAUGCUCCCACCAGUAGGUGUACAGGCUGUGGCUCUUACCCAUGAGGCUGUGAGGGUCAGCUGGGCAGACAACUCUGUCCCGAAGAACCAGAAAACAUCCGAUGUGCGACUGUACACCGUUCGCUGGAGGACCAGCUUUUCUGCCAGUGCCAAGUACAAGUCAGAAGACACAACAUCUCUCAGUUACACAGCAACUGGCCUCAAGCCCAAUACCAUGUACGAGUUCUCCGUCAUGGUGACCAAGAACAGAAGGUCAAGCACGUGGAGCAUGACUGCACACGCCACCACCUACGAAGCUGCCCCAACUUCUGCUCCCAAGGAUCUGACAGUCAUUACUCGAGAGGGGAAGCCUCGUGCUGUCAUUGUGAGUUGGCAGCCUCCCUUGGAAGCCAAUGGGAAAAUCACUGCUUACAUCUUGUUUUAUACAUUGGACAAGAAUAUACCAAUAGAUGAUUGGAUUAUGGAAACUAUCAGCGGUGACCGGCUUACCCAUCAGAUCAUGGAUCUCAGCCUUGACACGAUGUAUUACUUUCGAAUUCAAGCACGGAAUGUGAAAGGAGUAGGGCCCCUCUCUGAUCCCAUCCUCUUCAGGACUUUGAAAGUGGAACACCCUGACAAAAUGGCUAAUGACCAAGGUCGUCAUGGAGAUGGAGGUUAUUGGCCAGUUGAUACUAACUUGAUUGAUAGAAGCACUCUCAACGAACCACCCAUUGGACAGAUGCACCCCCCACAUGGCAGUGUCACUCCUCAGAAGAACAGCAACCUGCUUGUGAUAACCGUGGUCACCGUUGGCGUUCUCACUGUGUUGGUCGUGGUGAUUGUAGCAGUGAUUUGCACCCGGCGCUCUUCAGCGCAGCAGAGGAAGAAACGGGCCACACACAGUGUGAGCAAGAGGAAGGGCAGUCAGAAGGACCUCCGGCCUCCCGAUCUUUGGAUACAUCAUGAAGAAAUGGAAAUGAAAAAUAUCGAGAAGCCUGUGGGAACUGACCCUGCAGGAAGAGACUCCCCCAUCCAGAGCUGCCAAGAUCUCACACCAGUCAGCCAUAGCCAGUCAGAAACCCAGAUGGGAAGCAAAAGUGCCUCUCAUUCAGGUCAGGACACUGAAGACGCAGGAAGCUCCAUGUCCACUCUGGAGCGGUCCCUGGCAGCACGCAGGGCCACCAGGGCCAAGCUCAUGAUUCCCAUGGAGGCCCAGUCCAGUAAUCCUGCUGUUGUGAGUGCCAUCCCUGUACCAACACUAGAAAGUGCCCAGUAUCCAGGAAUCCUCCCAUCUCCCACAUGUGGAUACCCGCAUCCACAGUUCACUCUCCGGCCAGUACCAUUCCCAACACUGUCUGUGGACCGAGGUUUUGGAGCAGGAAGAACUCAGUCUGUGAGUGAAGGACCAACCACGCAACAGCAACCCAUGCUGCCCCCAGCUCAGCCCGAACAUCCGAGCAGUGAAGAAGCACCCAGUAGAACCAUCCCCACAGCCUGUGUGCGGCCAACUCAUCCACUCCGCAGCUUUGCUAACCCGUUGCUACCUCCACCUAUGAGUGCAAUAGAACCAAAAGUCCCUUACACACCGCUUUUGUCUCAGCCAGGACCCACCCUUCCCAAGACUCAUGUUAAAACAGCCUCCCUUGGGCUAGCCGGAAAGGCAAGGUCCCCUUUGCUUCCAGUGUCUGUGCCAACAGCCCCUGAAGUGUCUGAGGAGAGUCACAAGCCAACAGAGGAUCCAGCCAGUGUAUAUGAACAGGAUGACUUGAGCGAACAAAUGGCAAGUUUGGAAGGGCUAAUGAAGCAACUCAACGCCAUCACAGGGUCUGCCUUUUGACACUCAUUGCCAAAACGUUGAGAUCUUCUGGGAACUUUACAGCAUACCAAUUAUCCAUAAACAGCACACCUGUGUCCAAAAACUCUUACCA